AUGAGCGAAUUGAAGAUUUAUUUGGAGAACCAAAUGGUCUACAAUCACAGACAUAAAGAAGAAGAACUCAAACACCAAAGAAGUGGUUUAAUAGGAACAAUUUUUAUCUUGUUAAUCAUUAUUGUUUUGUUUGGUCCAAUGUUCUUCUUGAUCAAAUCUAAGAUCAGCACAGAACCAAAUUCAAUUUAUUCAGCAUCUCUUGAAUGUGGAUUGAGCUCAACAGGAUAUCUUUACAAGAGCUACGCCCACAUUAUGCCGAUGACAACAGCACAACAGAAUGAAUUAAUUAAGGAUUCAGAUGAAUUCGAUUAUUUGAGAGCGAUUCCAACAGAUAAUAUGUAUAUCAUAGAUUUCCCGCUUGAAAGUCAGUUAGUUCCUGAACUUCCUAAUGAAACAAUUGACACGAUUUUCAAGUCAAAUGAUUAUGAGAUUGUUUAUACAUUGAACUUGAAUUUCUUGAAAGGAACAACAGAUUCAUUUUCACCAAAUGUUGUACAAAAAUAUCAGUUGUUUAAUGAGACAUUGUCACUUCAAAACAAGACAAUGUUGUAUGAGAACUAUCUUUCUCACAACGGAACUGUCAUGUUCAAUUUCUCAUUGCCUGUUUUGUUGAUGACUUUCUAUUCAUAUCCAAUAAUGCCAACUAAAUCUGAAAGCCAGAUUUACGGUAUGGAAUUCACAGCAAGAGGAAAAUUUGCUUUUGUUCAUAGAGAAUCAGCAUCUUCUUUGUUGGCAACACCAACAAUUAGAGUCAUGUUGUAUUCAUCAGAAGUUCCUGCUGCUGGUGAGGUAUUCUCAUCAGGAGUUAUGGCAACAUCUAUAAUUGGUAUCUAUAUUUUGAUCAUUUUCACAUUUGGUGAAGUUUUGAGAGAAAGAGUUCUCAAUUCAUAUGAAGGUUUGUGGAUAGAAAGAAUGAGACAUCCUGAAGUUUUGUACCAAUACAUCAUCGCUAUCGAAGCCUUUAAACUUGUAGAAGCUUAUGAUAAAGAAUAUAUGAUGAUUGAGAAACUUUUGGAUGUUGUGAGAUCUAAAGAAACUUGCAUCCAAAUGACAAAUGAUAUCGAAGAAGUUUCUGAAGAAAAGAACUCUUCAGAUGAUGAUGCACCUCCACCUCCUUCUCCAAAGCAAAACCAGGCACCAAAGCAAACACCAGAAACUCCAAAACAACAAACCCCUGAAACUCCUAAGCAACAAGACCAAGAACCUCCGAAAGAACAAAAUCAAGAACCUUCAAAACAGGAAUCACCAAAAACUGUUGAAUUCGUAAAUGUUGAUCCAAAAACAUAA